CUUCUUCUUUCUUCCUCCCCGUUCUUGCCGCCGGCGAUUUUGACGAUCGUCUUCUCCGGCAAGCUUCUGGAGACUUAACGAUUUCUCCUCUUCUCCAGACGUAUCUGUUUCAGCCGAGAGAGAGAGAGACCACCGACAGGCUGGAUGGAUCCCAAACCCACAGUGUACAUCGACACGAACCUCGGCACACACCUCGUCACGUUCUUCGACAUCCAAGAGACCGUAUCCAGCUUUAAGAUUACAGAUAGAUUGCUCGAGGAGCAUCGGCUUUGCUUUCCAGAUGUUGGAGACAUCGAAAUUUCUGGUCUCAAGGUGAAACACAGAGGUCGCUCUUAUCACCUCUCAGACGCUAUGUUCGUGAUGGAGGCUUUGGAAGAAGCCCGCCCUUCCCGAGGCAGCUAUUCCGCUUUUCUCGAGGUCAAGAGAGUUGUGAAGAACUCAAUUCCACCAGGUGACAAAGAUGGCGCCGAUAAGACGAGCUUCGAUCAUGGCGGCAAAGGCAGCUCUCUGUUUCGUAGGGUUCGAGCCACGGUCUCCUUACUGGCCUCACUCUCUCGUGGCUGCAGCCGUUUCUGAAUUGCCCGAAAGCGUUUUCGAGCGCCAAGAGUUUCCCCCCCACCCCCUGCAAGUUUCUGUUUUCUUACCAAAGACUCAAAUGUCAAUCGGUUUAGUUCGGUUUAGAUUCAGUGUUGGUAUCGAGUGACAAACAAAAAUCGAAAUUUGAUAUUCGCACGUACGUUGGUACAUACCGGUUGAUAAUUUAGAUUUAUG